AUGUCCGAAAAUCCCAUCCGCGAAGUCGACCGACGACUGAUUCCCAUUCUCUUUGGCACGUAUAUGUUGAAUUUCAUGGACAAAUCCAUCCUCUCCAGUGCCUCUGUUUUUGGUCUGAUCGAUGAUACACAUCUUGUCGGUCAACAAUACAGCUGGGUCUCCAGCAUCUUCUAUUUCGGCUACUUCGCCUGGGAAAUGCCCACCAACCUGCUUAUUCCCCGAGUCCCUGUCGCCAAAUACCUGACUAUCAACACUAUCUUCUGGGGCAUCGUCGUCACUCUAACAGCCGUCUGCGUUGACGUCCACGGCCUCCUGACGCUGCGGUUCCUCCUCGGUGUCGCCGAAGCCACCAUCACGCCCGCCUUCAUGUUCAUCACCACCACCUGGUAUACGCGCGAGGAGAUCCCCAUUCGCACGGCCAUCUGGUUUUCCGGAAACUCCAUCGGUGGUCUCCUCGGCAGUCUCCUCGCCUACGCCCUCGGCCAUAUCACAUCUCCCCUGCAUCCCUGGCAAUGGAUGUAUCUUAUUCUCGGCAUAGCCACGACCCUCUGGGCCCUAGUGAUCUUCGUCUUCCUCCCAGAUUGUAUCUCCUCUGCACGAUUCCUAACCCCUUCUCAGCGUUCUCUCAUGACGCAGCGCGUCCUCGUCGCCGGGACCGGUCGCACAGAAGAAACCCACUGGUCAUGGUCGCAGACAACUGAAUGUCUUCGUGACCCGAAAACUCCCAUCCUCCUCGCCCUCUCCCUCCUCACGCAGAUCCCAAAUGGGGGUGUCCAGAAUUUCAGUAAUCUAGUUCUGACCUCGUUUGGCUUCUCUCCUUUACAGACCGCCCUGUUAAACAUCCCAACCAGUCUUAUCAGUACCGCUGCAAUUACCCUCUCCGGAUGGAUAGCCGGCCGUGUGCGUCACACGCUCUGUCUAUUGAUUGGGAUCGUCGCCAUGGUCUCCGUCACGGGCUCUGCGUUGGUGUAUUCCCGCGAGAAUCUUGCUCCUGGCGUUCAGUUACUGGGUUAUUUCCUGUUGGCUACGGGUCCCGCUACCUUGCCGUUGACUAUGACCCUCGUACAGGCGAAUUACCGCGGCGUGACGAAGAAAAUGACUAUGACCGGUUUGAUGUUCGUCGUCUACUGUGUUGGGAAUAUCGCCGGUCCGCAUCUUUUCCGCGCCAGGGAGGCCCCGGUCUAUCAAACUUCGUUCCGAGCUAUCUUGGUGUGUUAUCUGCUGGUCGUGGCGUUGGCGGCGUUGCUGCGGGUGUACCUGACUCUGGUGAAUCGGACGCGAGACAGAGUUGAGGGUAUUGGGGGUGCGGUGGAGGACGCUCAAGAUGCCAAUAAUAAGACGCAGAGCGUCAACCAGGUGAUGGAGAUUCAGCUGCGAGAGCAGGACUAUGAGGAUAGGACGGAUUGGGAGAUCGUAAGGUUUCGAUAUCGUCUGUGA